AUGGGUUUUGCAGUGUUGGGUAAGAGACUGUUUGUAUUGGCUGGAUGUGGUUGGGUAGAGGAUGGUACUGAUGAUGUUUAUUUCUAUGAUGCUGCUAUGAACACUUGGCUUCACCUAUUGCCUCCUCUUUCAACUAAAAGAUUGCAACAAGCUCGAUGCAUAUGCUUCUUUGCUUGUGAGACGCUGGAUGGGAAAGUCAUGGACAUUGGUGGGUUAGGAGGGAAUUCAAAAGCUUCACAAACUUGGGACAUCUAUGAUCCUUUAUAG